AUGGCGGACAACCUCGAGCCGAAAGGGCACGCAGAGCGCCAGGCGUUUCUGGCAGACGACGCGCCGGACGGUGACGACGACCUCGUCGUCUACGCGGGCAAGCACGCGUCCCGAAAGACGCCGCGAACGCCGAAUCGCGUGCAGUUUGAUUUGCACCCGGCCGUCAUGGGCGAGCCCGACAGCGACGAUGAUGACGACGAUUAUGACGACGACGACGACGACAACGACGACGGUCGUGGUGGCCAGCACUCGCAUCGGGUGCCGCUCCUGACCGACAUGGAGGCCCCCAGCGUUGCGGUCGCCAACGCGCUCGGGGGCGGACCAGGCGGCGACGGCGACGGCGAGCGGCUGGAGCAGCAGAUGCGGCGGCCCAAGUCCGGGCUCCGGUCGGCGUUUGUCAACAUGGCCAACUCCAUCAUCGGCGCGGGCAUCAUCGGGCAGCCGUACGCGAUGCGGCAGGCGGGCCUCGCGGCGGGCGUGCUGCUGCUGGCCGGGCUGACGGUGGUGAUCGACUGGACCAUCCGCCUCAUCGUCGUCAACAGCAAGCUCAGCGGGAGGAGCAGCUUCCAGGGCACCGUGGAGCACUGCUUCGGGCGGCCGGGCCUGGUGGCCAUCAGCGCGGCCCAGUGGGUGUUUGCCUUUGGCGGCAUGGUGGCCUUUGGCGUCAUUGUGGGCGACACGAUCCCGCACGUGCUGGCGGCGGCGUGGCCGGGUGCGGCGGCGGUGCCGGUCGUGGGCCUGCUGACGGACAGGCGGGUCGCCAUCGCCGUCCUGGUCAUGGGCGUGAGCUACCCGCUGACGCUGUACCGCGACAUGGCCAAGCUGGCCAAGGCGAGCACCUUUGCGCUGGCGGGCAUGCUGGUGAUUGUGGCGACGGUGCUGGUGCAGGGCCUGCUGGUGCCGCCCGAGGCCCGGGGCUCCCUGGGCGCGCCGCAGCUGACGGUGAACGGGGGGGGGAUGCUGCAGGCCAUUGGGGUGAUAUCGUUUGCCUUUGUGUGCCACCACAACUCGCUCCUCAUCUACGGCUCGCUCAAGACGCCCACCAUGGACAACUUCUCCCGCGUCACGCACUGGUCGACGGGGGUGUCCCUGCUGGCCUGCCUGGCCAUGGCGCUCGCCGGCUUCCUCGCCUUUGGCGACAAGACGCUCGGCAACGUGCUCAACAACUUCCCCCCGGACAACGCCAUGGUCAACGUGGCGCGGCUGUGCUUCGGGCUCAACAUGCUGACGACGCUGCCGCUCGAGGCCUUUGUGUGCCGCGAGGUGAUGCUGACGUACUGGUUCCCGGGGGAGGGCUUCCGCCGCGGGCGGCACGUGGCCCUCAGCACGGGGCUGGUGGCCCUGGCCGCCGCGGCGAGCCUGCUGACGUGCGACCUGGGCGCCGUGUUCGAGCUGGUGGGCGCGACGAGCGCCGUCGCCAUGGCGUACGUGCUGCCGCCGCUGUGCUACAUGCGCCUGGCGACGCGGGGCUGGCGCACCUACGCGGCCGGCGCGGUGGUGGCCUUUGGCCUGGCCGUCAUGGUGACGAGCGUCGCCCAGGCGGUCGGCAAGAUGGUCAACGGUAGCAACGACGCGGCGCAGUGUGUGUGA